AUGAUGUCUGGGAUUCCAGCCGGAGGGUUUGCGAUGCCGGCAGGGCCAGGGGCCGGUUUUAUGUUUCAGCAACAGGGCGCCUUCGCCCAGCACUUGCAAGCAUCGGGUGGGGCAAAUCCUUUCGUGUACGCGGCGGCGGCUCCGCAGGCCCUUCCUCACGCAGCCGGACUGAAUGCGAGGUUUUUAGCGGGGUCAGCCAUGGCUCAUUCGGGCGCUUCGUCCGCCGGCGGGGCUUCAAGCGGGGCACCGCAGCGCGCCUCGCCCCGCGCCCGGGUCCGCGAGGGUCCAUCAGCCCAAGAGGUGAAAGAGGAACCAGAAGACCCUCUGCGCCCGAGACCCGAAGAGGUUGGGAUGGUCGAUAUGCUUCGUAGGCAUGGUGUGAACACGCCGGAUGCCGUGCACUGUCUACGGCAAAGUGGAAACCGGGUGGAUGUAGCCCUUCGCUACGCGAUGGAGAUGAAAAACACUCGUCACGAGAACCGGCAGACAGACAUGGCUCGCGUGGAGUCCGAGAAGGAAAAGGAUAGGGCCGCGGAACAGCAGCAAGAGGAGGACAAAAUCCUGAUGGUGCUGGGCGAAGUUAUUCCACAUUUUCCAAAGUCCAUACUCCUGAAUGCUGAGGAUGGCUGCACGACCUUCCGACAAUUCGUAGAGAGGCUUUCCGCAGGAGAUCCGAAGUUGUGCGACUUUCGCGAGACGGCCAUUACUCUUCUUUUUCUGGAGCGAGACGCCUUCCGACACUAUCCCGAGAACGAUCGCCAGAUUCGAGAAUACUUCGGUAAACUCAUCGAACGAAUACAGAACCACUUUACUGGGCGUCAAACGGAGGAGGUGGAGGGCGCGUCGUCACAGGGAGGCACGGAAACGGCCAAGAGAUCUAGCUCGUGCGAACGAGAACCAAGAGCUAAUCGUUGUGGCGACAGCAGCGAGCGCGAUGAAGAGACUGAAAGCCUAACAGCAAGGGUACGAGAGGAAGUCGAAGCCUUGCGUAGUAUUUUGUAUGGCUUCCCGAAGACGCCAGGUGGGGUUCCGGACGCGUUUCUAGACAAGCAAGCGGCACACAGUGCCACGUUAGAGAGGGAUGGCGUGGAAGAGGACCAUGAUCACAGUCGCUCGGCUCGAAGCGAGGAUCCCGUUGUCAUCGACGUUGACGAUUGAGGGAAGGCGGGCUGCGCGGGCGGGCGACAGUAACGAUCGAUAUGCGGUUGUGUUUUUACAUCGAGGUUUGAUGCGAGAGGAGCGUCAAGCGUUGUACAUGACUACGGCUCCACGGAAAGUUCCCCGGUGCGUGAUUAAGUUUUUAACGUCG